AUGGCAGAGAUUGAAGUGCAAACUGCAGAGCUCCCUUCCAACGUCACAGAGGGCAGUAUCCAGAGUCAGCCAGCAGUACAACAAAAGCAGUUACCUCCCUUGUGUAGAUUUUUUUCCCAGGGUCGUUACUGUCAGUUUGGUAGAAGAUGCCGUUUUUUACAUCAACGCCCAGAGGUCAAACGUUAUGAAAAAAAUAAUAAUCCAGGAGAAAUGUCUGAAAAUCCAGAUGCAAGUGGUAUAACAGAAAUGUCUGUACCACAUAACAAGAAUGAGGUGAAGUCUGUCCCCUACCAAAGUUCCACUGAUUCGGGAAACAGAAUGCAUAGAAAUAGAAAACUGUGCCGUUAUUUUGCCUCUGGUUACUGUUCUAUGGAGACCAACUGCAGGUUCUGGCAUCCAGAAAAAAUUCCACCAAUAAAGGAUGAUCGAUAUGUAAUCAAGAAACCACUUCCGAAAGAUAAGGUGGAGCGGCCAAUAACCGUUCCAGCGGUCAUUCGAGCCUCAAAUGUAACUCUGGAAGUGGCUGCUCAGCUACGAAAGACAGAGAUUUGCCAGCUGUUAAAGAGAUUUCCAAAAGAUAAAGUGAUUAUUCAAGAAAGAGAAGAUGGAAAAGUUACAUAUUAUAGAAUAACAAUUGAGCCUACAGAUCCAGAUUGGCCUUUUGACCUGAAAGAGAUGGAGAUCUUGCUUGAGUUUCCAGAGGAUUAUCCCUUGGAGGUUUUUACAAUACAAAUCCCUGAGGAUCAAGUUUUACCCUCAGUUAUGGGCAGACAUGUGUGUGAAGAAUCUAAGGCAUGGCUGCAAGGAAAGCAUGCAACCAACCAGCUGAUUGGAAAGGUGGAGCUUUUAUUCCGUCCUUUUCUACACUGGCUUGAUCGCAACCUGGAACGACUGUUUACAGAAGGAGCUCGGCUGUUAAAGAGAGACAUCGAUGUAGAAAAGGCUGGUCUGGAGUUUGUACCAUACCAACAACUACAAGCAGCCAUCACUGAUAAACCAAGUGAGGAUGGAAACAAUGAUAGUGGUUUGCAAGAAACAAAGCUGGAGGAAAGUCCGAAGGAAGAUUUGGAGGAUGAUGAUUCGGAUAGCUGGACUAGCUGUGAUGAUGAUGAUGAUGAUGAUGAUGAUGAUGAUGAUCCAGAGCCUGGCGCAAUGGCUGAUGGUAUGAAGAGUGUGGAAGGAGGAGGAGGAGGCCCAGGUCCAAGAAAGGGGACAGAACUCCAAUUCAUGGGGCUGAGACUAGGAGAAGGAGUGGGAACUUUAACAGCAUAUCGCAUAGUGGUGUCCCUGCUCUGCAGCAGGUGUAAUGUUACAGCAGACCUGUCGCUGACUGGAAAGCAGCCAUGUGCAGCACAAUGUGAGAAAUGUAACAGUCACAUUACUGGAACUUUUCAUCCAAGUAUCCUGCAUCAGUACUCAUCUGUUCUGGGGUAUGUGGACAUUCAAGGAGCAGCUGCCAAGGAUCUUGUAUUGCCAGAGUGUACUUUCAUGGUUGGCUGUUUAAAUUGUUCUCAUGAAGAGCCAGUACAGAAUCUCUCUUUUGGUUUAACUAAAGACCUGAAUUGUCUGAACUGCCACAGCAAACUCAGCAUUUCUAGUGAAGCUGCUAGAUUCCAAAAGGUUCAACGGUACCCAAUUAAAGCCAUUGGCAAUAAGGAGCAGCACGGCUAUGGUAGGAAGAAAGUAAGAGAUCCAGCAAUACAAUCGGGAAAACCUCUUCCAGAUCAUGGAAUCUGUAGACAUUACAGGAAGAGUUGCCGAUGGUUCAGGUUUCCGUGCUGUGGGAAAGCCUAUCCAUGUGAUGCCUGUCAUGAUGAAGUUGAAGACCAUAUGAUGGAGCUAGCAACUCGCAUGUUAUGUGGUUUUUGUGCAAAAGAGCAGUCAUAUAAUAAUGUGAAGCCCUGCAUAUCAUGCGGAAACAUGAUGAAUAAGAACAUCCAAUCCAUACAUUGGGAGGGUGGCAAAGGUUGCAGAAACAAGAUUAAGAUGUCUAGGAAGGAUAAGCAAAAAUAUGCUAAUAGCGCAAAAGACUGUGUCACGGAAAAGCACAAGCAAGAAGUAACUUCCAUAUAACACUGUGCAAAUGUGUCUUCGUAAAUGCUGCACUUGAUUGUGACACAGACGAUGACCUAGGAAAAAAUCUGAGAAGUCAAAGUACAUACCAAAGGAUGGAGAAACUUUUAGUGAUGGUGUGAACUUGUUUGGAAUUGUGGAAGAGCUAGAAUAUUUCUGGUUAAUUUUGCAGUAUUGAGAAUGUUUUAGCCUAUAGUUUGACUGCUUUGAAUUAAAAAAUGCCUGCACUUCCACAGACAU